UUCUUGGUGUCAUUGCCCUCAUUUACAAAAAGGAAGGUAUCGGAUUUAUUAAUUCCUAAAGUCGUUUCUAAUUCUAAAACAGGUUGUGUUAGGUUGUCCCUGAGUUUAAUUCCUUAUGGAAGAUUUUUUUUCUUUUCCCCAUCUUGAUGCCUGUUUUUUUUGUUGUAGUUGAUAAAAGUGUCUAACGGCAAUGUUUUGUGAAAAGCAAACUGAAUCUUGUAGGGAAUGGAGAGGUAAGAAGGGUCUGGAGGAGAAAAAUUUAGUGUCUUGGGAAGCUGUUUAUCCGCUCCUUUUAAGGGCCUAAAAGUACCAUAUGCUGAUGGAAGUAUUUUUGCUCAGCACUCUGGUCUUCCCACACCCACCUUUUUCAGAUUUACAGGUGCAGUGUGGUGACUUUCCUCAUCUGUUAGUGUAUGGACCGUCAGGUGCUGGAAAAAAGACAAGAAUUAUGUGUAUUUUACGUGAACUUUAUGGUGUUGGAGUGGAAAAAUUGAGAAUUGAACAUCAGACCAUCACAACUCCAUCUAAAAAGAAAAUUGAAAUUAGCACUAUUGCAAGCAAUUACCACCUUGAAGUUAAUCCCAGUGAUGCUGGAAAUAGUGACCGGGUAGUAAUUCAGGAGAUGUUGAAAACAGUAGCACAAUCACAGCAACUUGAAACAAAUUCUCAAAGAGAUUUUAAAGUGGUAUUAUUGACAGAGGUUGACAAACUCACCAAAGAUGCUCAACAUGCCUUGCGUAGAACCAUGGAAAAGUAUAUGUCCACCUGCAGAUUGAUCUUGUGUUGCAAUUCUACAUCUAAAGUGAUACCACCUAUUCGUAGUAGGUGCCUGGCAGUUCGUGUGCCUGCUCCCAGCAUUGAAGAUAUUUGCCACGUGUUAUCCACUGUGUGCAAGAAGGAAGGUUUGAAUCUUCCUUCACAGCUGGCUCAUAGACUUGCAGAGAAGUCCUGCAGAAAUCUCAGAAAAGCCCUACUUAUGUGUGAAGCCUGCAGAGUGCAACAAUAUCCUUUUACUGCAGAUCAAGAAGUCCCUGAAACAGAUUGGGAGGUGUAUCUGAGGGAGACUGCCAAUGCUAUUGUCAGUCAGCAGACUCCACAAAGGCUCCUUGAAGUUCGUGGCAGACUAUACGAGCUUCUAACUCAUUGUAUUCCUCCUGAAAUAAUAAUGAAGGGCCUCCUUUCAGAACUUCUACAUAAUUGUGAUGGACAACUGAAAGGGGAAGUGGCCCAGAUGGCAGCUUACUAUGAACAUCGUCUACAGCUGGGUAGCAAAGCCAUUUAUCACUUGGAAGCAUUUGUGGCCAAAUUUAUGGCACUUUAUAAGAAGUUCAUGGAGGAUGGAUUGGAAGGCAUGAUGUUCUGACAUCGAUCAGCAAUUCUUCCUAAUACUUCUCAGUAUCAGCAUUUACAUUCAGUUUAUAUUGGAAAAGCUGCAGGUAAAAUAAACUAACUUUACUUAAUCAUG